UUGGACCGUUUUUUUUUCAUUAUAAAGGAGCAUAGGCGGAUUGUGUCGGCUGGUAAUGAUGGAAAAAUUCGUACUUACUCAAGUAAACAUGAUGCUAGUCCUCUUGAACACAAUUUUGGGGAAAAGGUCAAUGACAUAGUAUGCAAACUACCGAAGCAGGUCAUGUCAGCCUGCAACAAAUUACUGAUGGUCUUGUUGAAGGCACUCCAACCCGUUUCUCGGCUGGUGUCAAUUGUUUGGCCCUUAACAAGGACAAAACGCGAUUACUGGCUGGAAGCAGGUGAGAAGUCAUCAUUUACUAUUGGUUUUAGUGAUUUUAUAGUCAAGGUAGUCGACCUAAUGAUUCCGUACGGAGGAUUUCACGAAGUUGUCCUGAGGGGACACACCGGUCCCAUUUUGAGUGUUGAUUUUGAUCCCCUAGACAAUUUCGCGGCUUCAUCGUCUUGUGAUGGAACGAUUCGAAUCUGGCGGCUAGUUGGUGGGACGGAAGUUAAGGUACUAUCACUUUUGGGAAGGUGCAGCGAUCCAGAAUUAGCUUCGACCCGCUGCCGUUUGAAGUGGCAACCAUCUAGGGGUGAAUUUCUUGCUGUCCCCGUGGAAAACGUUAUCAGGUUGUAUGAAAGGAAUAGUUGGGCUUUUCUGCGCGGCCUUCGUUGCGCUAGCGUAAAAAAGGCCUUCCUAGAAUGCGAAUUUUCCGUGGAAGAUGAGACCUUGGCUGGUUUAAGCGAAGAUGGCUGGCUUGUGAUCUGGCGACCAUGUGAUGGUGGGGUACUACGCAAAUUUAAUGACUCCGCCUUUUCCAACCAAAUGGCGGAAGGCGGUGCCCUGUCACCGAACACCAUAAAAUCUCUGAUGGACACAACAGAUGCUGACGAUUUCACGGACCUUCUUGCUAUUGCUUCCGCGCAAGCCGAAGAGGCAGCGGCUUCGUCGGAGGACAAUAAAAUGAUGGAAGACGUCAGCGAUGAAGACGACGAUGACGACGAUCCUAACUCGAUCGCCAUAUCCAAAAUUAAGUCAACCUACAUGACGAUCGACAAGGACGACGACGACGACAACGCUCCUAGUGAUGCCUCCAGCUCAACCCCAACGCCUACACCUGCCGACACGUCCCGUUCGGCGCCUCCAGCCCCUGGAUUGGUGGCUCGUCCUGAGAUCAAACCCUUCCAGCCCGGAUCGAUGCCUCUUGGUACGAUUGAUCCUGCCCCGAGUGUCGCAGUCUUUGAUUUGCCCGAUUAUAGAGGAACUGAUUUGGAUGUCUUUCUUUUUGGGUUCCGUGAGCGCUUUCUGGUCUGGAAUCGGAUCGGUGUGGUGACGUGUUUCACGGAUUCGGACUCCAAAACCUCCUCGGGAAGCAUCGAGGUGGAGUUCCACGACACCACAUUGCACCACAGCAUCCACAUUGGCUCUGCGGAGUUCACUAUGGCUGACCUCAGUCUUACCGCUCUUAUGCUCGCCACACCGGGUACAAGUGACGUCUCCUAUGUUGACGCCUUCGACGAUGGCAAGUCCAUUGACUACGGCGAUCUGAGCACAAUCCUCGUGCGACCAAUUGACGUCACAGCCGGCGACGACGCCUCCUCCAGUGGCUCCUUCGAUUGGCUGACAAGCCUGCCCCCGGGGGAGGCGACUCGUGCCAUCUGUUUGGUCAACGCAUCCAGGGAGGCAACCCGUGUUGAUCCCUACUGUCGCGGCUUUGCCGUGGUGGCCACGUCGUCGCGACUUUUGCGAAUUUUCGCCCAACCCGCGCCCUCCGCUACCGCCAACACCAAUGCCCUCCGCCUCCUCCAGGCGACGUCCCUAGGUCUACCGCCAAUAAGUCUUCCCGGUCGUGAAGUGGUAACAAUGGCCAGCCACCCCUUCCUCUCCAUCCUAGCGGUGGUCGUGGCGUGGAGCGAUGAGGAACUCUACUGGCGCGUGUUCGAUCUCUCUCCCGGCGGCGGUUGCUCUCGCGGCUGGCUGUUUGGCCAACUGACCUCCACCUUCUACCCGCUGCCCCUGUCCCCCGAGCCCAAUCCCUCUCCCCUCACCCCCAACGCCAGCGCCCGACUCACCUGGUUCGGCUUCUCCGACACUGGGAACCUCUACACCAACGAUUCGUCCGGUGUCGUCCGACGUCUCCUGCAUCAUCGGUCGCCAGGCGCCAGUGCGAUCGAUUUUCACUGGGUGCCGGUGUGCGACACCCAUCGCUUCGUCAAGCCCGCCAACCGCCGCAACGACUGUCUCUUUGUUGUCGCGGUGAUUGAGAGUGUACGCUAUCCAAUAGCCCCGACGUCGUCUGCCGCUGCGCUAUUGGAGGACGUGGGGGCGGGAGGCGAGGCCGAGUCGGACCGAAUGCAGCGGAUAAAGAACGACGCCUUCGGCUACGGACAGGUCCAGGCGAUCUACUGCAAGGCGUCGCGUUGGCCACGUCCGAUUCCUCGGCCAGUGGUCGCUACGCUGCCCUUCCGCAUCCCUCUUUGUGGCGGCUUGGAGUUGGAUCAGGCUGAUCUUGAAGAGAAUUAUUUGCGCACAAUGAUACUGGGAGCUAACCCGUUUUGGGGCACUACGACGGAUCGGGAACAAAAAAGGCACUUGGCAGAACUCAGCUUCAAUCGUCUAAAUGAUCGAAAGCGUGUCCUUCUGCGCCUAUUCGCGCUCGCCAUAAAGUCGGAUAGCGAAUGGGCGUCGCUCGCCGUGGCCAAUCUGAUGCCCGAUCUGAAGACCGUCCAACUGGCCAUUCGCUACGCCGCGCGCCUCGGACGCCACCAUCUCGCCAAACGUCUCGGAGACAUCGCCCUGCGUUUGGACAAUGUGGAAUUCGAGGUUCUCGAAAGCUCGCCGGAAACCGACGACGACGCUGAUGGAAAGGAAAAUCGCAGUGAAGGCGACGGUGGUGCAUCUGGACCAGCUGAAGGCGAUGACGGAGGCGAUGGAUCGCCAGCAGCGCCUGACGACGAUGGUGGUGGCCACGACGACGGAGGAGGCAACGACAGCGAUGCUGCUGGAGGUGGUUGCGACGACCGCCCGAUGUCAUCGGCUCCCGACACCUCGUCGAAUCUUGACGACAGUUACGCCGGACCCACGCAGUCUUCAUUGGGCUCCUCGUCGCAGGUCGGUCGACACAACCCUUUUCGCACCACCACCGCUGAUGCUGGAGCACCCAAAAUUGUCGGAGGCAGGGGCAGCCGUGUUCUCGACACCUUGCCUCCACCUUCUGACAGCCAGCGCAGUAAACUAAAGGUCAAGGCCGGUCCCACAGCAAGCAAUACAGCGCCUUUGAAACGCAGAAACGCAACCGGUGGUCAGUCUGAUGCCAAGGACGCGUCAGGUGAAGCCAGGCCGGAAAAACGACCUCUCGAAGAUGCGAAGCAGACCGCUGCGAAGCGCCUCUCUUCGUUUGCGUUUUCCAACAAUUGA